CCUCUUACCGUUAGCUUAACAUGUUUCUUUAGGAAAUUCCACACAAAUUUGCUACAGUAUGACGGUGAAGGUGGCUACAGAUUGAGCUCAUUGAAUGAUUCGGCAAUUGGUGAGCGGUUAUCGCUGGCAGAUGAAAAGCGACAGAUUGAGCAGAAGCUUUAUGAAGUGCCACAGAUGAAAGAGCGUCUUGCCGAGUUGUGCCAGAUACUUGGCGAGGAUGCCGAAGCUAUUGCGCAGGACUCGGACGUCAGCGUUGACGCAUGA